AAUAAAAUAAAAAUAUAGAAACACAAAAGAACCCAUAGAAACGGGGUCGUGUCACUAGAGCGGUACGGUAUUCAACUAGUCUCGUUCGUUCUCCUUCGUUGUUUUUGGUGGUGACUGAGACUUGGGAAGUCGCUACGCCACUCGGAAUCGGAAGAAGAUGGGUACUCAACCCAGAAGAAAGUCCAAUAAGCCACCGCUCAACCCCAACUGGGCUAAUCUUCUAAAGACACUGCCUAGCCAUGGCUCAAAACCUUCAAAACAAUCUGAUGACACAGAAGAAUCGGAGACUCGCAUAUUAGGGAAGCGAAAGGAGAGGUCAGAUUCCCAAAUUUCAGUCAAUCCUCUUACUCCUGUUAAUGAUGAUUUUAGUGUAACAGAUGCCAUAGCCAUGGAUUGUGAAAUGGUUGGCGUUGGUCAAGGAAACAAAAGCGCUCUUGGGAGAGCUACUCUGGUCAAUCAGUGGGGAAAUGUUAUCUAUGAUGAGUUUGUUCGGCCAAUAGAGCGGGUUGUUGAUUUUCGGACUCAAAUUAGUGGCAUCCGACCCCAAGACCUGAGAAAAGCAAAAGAUUUUCGCACAGUUCAGAAUAAAGUGGCUGAGUUGACUAAAGGAAGGAUUCUCGUGGGCCAUGCCUUGCGCAAUGAUCUUAAGGCAUUGCUACUAAGUCAUCCCAAGAAGGACGUACGAGAUACAUCAGAGUAUCCACCAUUUCUAAGAGAGGGGAGCAGCAGGGCACUUCGGCAUCUUGCAGCUGAAUUUCUUAAUGUGGAAAUCCAAAACGGGGAGCAUUGCCCGAUACAAGAUGCUCGUGCCGCAAUGGUGCUCUAUCAGAAUAACAAAAAAAUAUGGGAAAAAUUGGCCAAAGAUCAGAUAAGACUCAAAGAAAAACAGAACAAACGAAGACCAAAAAAGAAAAGGAAACUGGGAGAUGAUCUGAAUGCUGGCCCUGCUCCAACUUCCCUAUAGUCUUGAUAGUUUAUCCCGUUUAACUGAAAAAUCAACCUUUAUCUUAAAGAAUCAAAGCGCAAUCAAUUGCAAAAUUUCAUGACGGGGGAAGGAAGAAGAACAAGGAAAAACUGAACAAGAACUUGCUGAAACCGAAAACCACAUUGGCAUAAAUUGUAAUUUUCUCCGUUUUGUUUUGUUUUGUUUUUUAUUUUGUAGGGAUUUAUUCUUCAAUUUAAAUGUUAUGAGCCAAGGCUAUUUUUGCACUAAUGAGGUUUAUGUACCAAACAAGACUUAAUUGUAGAAUUAUUGUUUUGAGCAGUUAAAAUGUCAAAUAGUGAGUAGUUGUGAACA